CAAGGACAAUUGAAUUCACCAUGGAAGCCCCCAUCUGUCUAGUGGAAAAUUGCGAGGAGCAGCUGACAUUGAAUCCAAAAGCAUUAGAAAUUCUUCACAAGAUAUCUCAGCCUGUGGUGGCAGUGGCAAUUGUGGGACUGUAUCGCACAGGAAAAUCUUACCUCCUGAAUCGCCUGGCAGGAAGGAACCAUGGCUUCCCUCUGGGAUCCACGGUGCAAUCUCAAACCAAGGGCAUUUGGAUGUGGUGCGUGCCCCACCCCUCCAAGCCAAAUCACACUUUGGUCCUUCUGGAUACUGAAGGCCUGGGUGAUGUGGAAAAGGGAGACCCUAAGAAUGACUCGUGGAUCUUUGCCCUGGCUGUGCUCCUGAGCAGCACCUUGGUCUACAACAGCCUGGGCACCAUCAACCACCAGGCCCUGGAGCAGCUGCAUUAUGUGACUGAACUCACUCAGUUAAUCAGGGCACGAUCUUCCUCCGUAUCUGAUGAAGUAGAAGACUCCACAGAUUUUGUGAGUUUCUUUCCAGAUUUUGUUUGGACUGUGCGGGAUUUCACCUUGGAGCUGAAGUUAAAUGGAAGCCCCAUCACAGAAGAUGAGUACCUGGAGAAUGCCUUGAAGCUGAUUCCAGGAAAGAACCCUAGAAUUGAAAAUUCCAACUUGCCUAGAACAUGUAUCAGAUAUUUCUUUCCAAAACGUAAGUGCUUUGUCUUUGACCGGCCCACAAGUGAUAAAAAUCUACUAGCCCAUAUUGAAGAAGUGCCAGAAGACCAAUUAGAAUCCAAUUUUAAAAAGCAGUCAAAACAGUUCUGCAACUAUAUCUUCACAUGUGGGAAGACCAAGACCCUGAGACAUGGAAUCAUUGUCACUGGAAAUAGGCUGGGCUGUCUGGUAGAGAUGUACGUGAAUGCCAUCAACAGUGGAGCAGUGCCUUGCCUGGAGAACGCAGUGACAACUCUGGCUGAACGUGAAAACGCUGCAGCUGUGGAGAAGGCAGCCGCCCACUACAUGGCCCAGAUGGCUGAGCGAGUGAUGCUCCCCGCAGACACACUCCAGGAGCUGCUGGACGUGCACACAGUCUGUGAGAAGGAAGCCAUUGAAGUAUUCAUGGAGCACUCCUUCAAGGAUGAGAACCAGAACUUUCAGAAGAAUCUUGCGGAAGCCAUAGAAAAGAUGAAGGAAGAUUUCUUGCUGCAGAAUGAAGAUGCUUCUGUCAAAUAUAGCCAGGCUGAGCUUACACGGCUUUCAAAGUCUUUGAUGGAAAAUAUUUCAGGAGGAACAUUCUCUGUUCCUGGAGGGCACAAACUCUACUUAGAAGCAAGGAAAAAGGUUGAAAAGGAGUAUGCGCUGGUGCCCAGAAAAGGAGUGAAGGCAAAAGAGGUGCUUCAGAGUUUUCUGCAGUCACAGGCAGCAACAGAGAAAUCCAUCCUGCAGGCAGACCAAGCACUCACUGAUGGACAGAAGGCCUUAGCAGCCGAGGAGGCCAAGAGGGAAGCAGCUGAGAAGGAACGGGAACUGCUAAGACAGAAGGAGAAGGAGCAACAGCAAAAGAUGGAGGCUCAAGAGAAAAGUUUCCGAGAAAACAUUGCUCAGCUACAGGAGAAAAUGGAGCGGGAAAAGCAAGAGAUCUUGAGUGAGCAGGAAAACAUGUUGAAGCACAAGUUAGAGGAACAAGAAAAAAUGCUUAAAGAAGGAUUCAAGAAGAAUGCUAAUGUCUUAAAGGAACAGAUACAUCAACUGAAUCAAGAGAUUGAAAAAACGAAGAAUCGAAGUUCAGGGUGGUCAGGGUUCUUAAAUACAUUGGGCAACAUAUUCUCCCUGAUACCCACUUUACCUACUGUGCUACUUGGUAUGGGGUUGAGAAAUCUUGGUUCGAAAAAUUAGUACCUGGGAAUGAAAAUAAGCUUUUUUUGUUUCAUUAGCAUAAAAAUGUUACUCACUUUAUUUUAAAUCUUGAAAAAUUUCAAUUAGCAUUUAGCAGGUUUAGUGUCGUUUGUAGUUGCAAUUGUAAACAGAAUGUUAUUGUUUUCUGCACAUUUUUUGAAAUCCUGACAUAUACAUG